CCAAUGUGUAGCCUGACAAGGCGAAUGGAGCAACAACUUUCUAAACCUCCAAUCUCAAGCGGCCAGUCCAGCCCACGACAGCACACCGCCAGAUCCACAAUGUGGAUGGAUCCCAACCUAAACCACUUGUCCUCAACAAGGCCACCAUCCAUCCGCGUCCACGGUCCGCAGCUAUUGUUUACCUGACUGUUUGUUGUUGUUGGAGACGGCUUUCCUGUCCAGUUGGAGUUCAAACCGCCAACAUUCCUCAUGUCGGACAUCAUUUGUUAGGGCGGCGAAUCACUUGUCUUGUGGUACUUGUCUCAAUCUUUACCCCUUUUUCCCCUCCCGGCGCCCGGUUCCCCUCAAUAUUGAUUGGGAUCCGGCCGAUGCGGGGCACACUUGACACACGGCACACGCAAGUCAUUGAGAACCCGCCGACCGUGCCGGAAACGGACCCGGUCCCGGACCCGGGCCUAACAGCAAAUGGCGGUGCUUCCACUGCCCGAUCUCGGGACAUGGCUGUUCCGUCGCGGUGACGCGGACCGCAAACGGGUCGCCGCCGAGAACCCCGUCACCAUUGUCAAGCAGCUCGACGGCUACGUCAAGGAACUCAAACAAGCGAAUCUGCCUCACUCACUCAAGGAUGCCGAAAAGGACGCCCUGGUGGGUGCCAUGCUGCUCAUGGGCAAGAGCCUCCAAGACGCCCUCAACAUGUUCAUGGCCGAGGUCCUGCCGCAUGACGAGUACCCCAAGGGAUGGAACGAGGUGCUUUCGGGCACCCUCGGCGGCCUGCAGAGGGCCCUGGCCGAUACGCUCGUUACCCUGGAACGCCCUCAUGCUGCCGAAGCCGGUCUCAGUAUGAAGCAGCACCAGGAGUCGUUGAAGACCAGGACCCUCAGUCUGGAACUGGAUGAGGCAUCGCCACAGGUAGUCAAACCCGGACUCAACAGAUCGGAAUCAGCACCAGCCGGCAGCACCACCACAACAACAGCAACAACACAAAGAGAAGGGGAAAUCUCACCCGACUUCCCGCCCCUCGGCCCUCCCUUGCCUCUCCGCCUCGCCCCCGUCCCUGAACGCUUCGAGCCCGCCUAUGAAUACCGCGACCUGGCCGCCGAUAAUCCGGGCGUCAGCAUGGCCGUCAUCCAGGAACUACGUGCCGAAAUGCGCGUCAACGCCGCCAUCCAGCUCGCCAUUGAAUCACUCGAGUUCACCGAAGGUCAACUGCAGCUGAUGAAGCAAGUGGACCGAGCCGCUGGCGGAGCCGACUUUGAGCCUGUCCAGCAGCACUUUUACGAAGGGUACGAUCGUAUUCUUCGCCGGGCCGUUGAGCUUGAGCGCCGUCAUGCGAGCAGCGAGGUGCCUGUCGCUGUGUCGCAGCCACUACCCCGUGGUGACAACCAGAACCAUCAGAACCGGCCUCAGACCAGCCACACGCAAAAUUCGGCCCAGCUUAGUCCCACCUCUUGGAGACCGCGUCCGCCGAGGAGGAUAAGUCUCGUUACUAUCCCACCUCCCCAUGAAGCAGAGGCUCAUUCUCGUGGUGGUGGUGGUGGUGGUCAGAGACAGAGUAGCUAUACCCAGCAAAAGCGGCCAGGGACGGCGCCGAAUGGUGGUAUGAUGCACAGGAAGCGGAGCAUCAUGUUUAAUGACGACGGGGACUUUUCCGAUUACGCGUCGACGCUGGGCAAUUCGCGGUCAUAUUCGAAUCUGAGAUCGAGCCAGGGGUCGCACGGAUCAAGGGGUUCGAUGGAAGCCAUGACUAUGAGUCCAACUGGCCAGGCGUUUGAUCAAAGGGCGAGGGCGAAUGUGCGGAGGAGUACGGUGCAUGGAAUGGUGGGGAUGGGCAUCAGGGAGGAGGAUGAACGACCACAACAUUCCCGAGGUCUCUCACAGUCCCAGCAGCUAGACCCACCCACCCUCCGUCGCCGCCUCUCUCUAGCCGAUGAACUCGCCAUGGCCAGCAACACCGACAGUGACUCCUCCAAUUACGGCGACGAAGACAACGACGACUACUACCAGGAAGACGGCGACGGAGGUGGCGGCGGUGAAGAAGAAGACGAGGAGUUUGGCGAAUUCGGCGAAGUAGGCGAAGCAAGCGUCAUCCAAUCCGAGCUCGGCAGCGGAAGUGAUCGGGGCCUAGCCAGUCCUCGGACCCCUGGAUCAGCAGUAGGUCCAGGUCCAGGUGGCUUUGUACGUGGCAUGGUACACGGUGGGCUCAUGGCGGCGGCGGCGGCGGGGGGGAACAACAACAACAACAUGAUGAACCUGAAUGACUCGAUACACUCGCGUGGCUCGUCACUCGAUUCGAUCCCCAUGAGCGAAGGGUUGGUGGGACAAAUACCGCCGAGUGAAUACGGGAGUCAGUUUGACGAGGGGAGCACGUACGGUGGUGGUCGGGGUUACGGAGGAGGGUACGGAGGAGGAGGAUACGGGGCCACACACAGCAGACAGGUAUCGAGCGUGAAUAUCGACGAUAGGAUAUCGUAUGUGCCUUCUACGUGGGGGAAUGUCUCUGCUGUGGAAGAAGGAAUGGAAGAAGAAGAAGAAGAAGAAGAAGAAGGACAACAACGACAACAACAAUAUGAACAAGAAGGGAAUGAAGAAAACGAAGAAAUAAGAAGCCUAGGAGGUCGGCGUCUAUCAGGAUACUUCCCCGGUGCGGGCCGGUACGACGGGGAGUACGAUGACGACAGGGACUACGGCGACGAGGAGGAGCAUGAUGACACGGAUGAACAAGAAGAAGAAAAAGGGCAUAGGUACGCGGACGAAGAUGCGGGAAUGGAUGGGGGAGGAGAUGAUCAUGAUCGCAGUGAAGCAUCGGCGGAUGAGAACGAGGAGUUGACGGAGAUUAUCGAGCAGUUGAGGCCGUACAUGAUGCUGGGUGGUGCAGCGAGCAGCAAUACGGGGAGGGUCUCUGCGUGAGAUUGGUAUAUAUGGCAGCAAUGAGCAUCAUUCAGGCACUACACGAGGAGGAGCAAGCAUGACAGUAGCAUGCAUGCCCGGUUGCAAUUGAAAUCAACAGCCGACAUUUCCGUUUAGCCGGAAUUAACAAAAUCAAGAAAUGGUGGAGUGGUGGACGAUGGAAAAAAGAAAAGGACAAACCUACGCAGACGACACAACCAAGGACUUGGACUUGAAAUCAAGAAGGGAUUUUUCUUUUGUUCAAAAGGUAGUUAAACCCCCCCAACCUACAACGUUAGCAUAUUACAUAUACAUAGUACGGUGAUGUGUAUGGUACAUUGGACACCUACCUACCUACCUACCUACCUACUUCCAGGUAACACGGGAUAGCGGUGUGGCGUGGGCCUACAUGUCUAGGUAGGUAGAUACCUUCUCAAGAACGUGGAGGAUGGAAGCACGACAUCUUUCGCAUAAAUAGGUACCUAGCCAUGUUGAGUCAGCCAGGAACGGAAUGUCUGCUUCAUUUUCUUUAUCCCCAGUCUACCUCAGGUACCGCAGGUAAUAUGACAUUAAGAAAACAAAAGAAAA